CUGCAGUCUGUGGGAUCCCUGCACGACCGCUCCCAGGGCAGGUGCCGGCAGUGUCAAUAUACGCAGCCUCGAUCUGGGAAUCCCGUUGAUCUCGUGAACUGCCGGCCAAUUGCCGACUCGGAGACGGCCUGAGGGUGGGGCCCGCACUCGCUCCGCCAAUCGGCGCUAAGGGCAGGCACUGGCGCGGCGUACCGUCGUCGGGAAGACGGCCGCGACAGCGCUGGGCCGCAGCUGCGACGAUGGCGACCGCGAUGGCAGCGACGGCAGCGGAGCGGGCGGUCCUAGAGGAGGAGUUCCGCUGGCUGCUGCACGCCGAAGUGCAUGCUGUGCUGAGGCAGCUGCAGGACAUCCUCAAGGAGGCCUCUCUGCGCUUCACUCUGCCUGGUUCAGGCACUGAGGGCCCGGUCAAGCAGGAAAACUUCAUCCUGGGCAGCUGUGGCACAGACCAGGUGAAGGGUGUGCUGACUCUGCAAGGAGAUGCCCUCAGCCAGGCGGAUGUGAACCUGAAGAUGCCCCGGAACAACCAAUUGCUGCACUUGGCCUUCCGGGAGGACAAGCAAUGGAAGCUGCAACAGAUCCAGGAUGCCCGAAACCAUGUCAGCCAAGCCAUUUACCUCCUCACCCACCGAGAUGAGAGCUAUCAGUUCAAGACAGGUGCUGAAGUCCUCAAGCUCAUGGAUGCUGUGAUGCUGCAACUGACCAGGGCCCGCAACCGGCUCACCACCCCAGCUACCCUCACCCUGCCUGAGAUCGCAGCCAGUGGCCUCACGCGGAUGUUUGCUCCUACCCUGCCCUCCGAUCUGCUAGUCAACGUCUAUAUCAACCUAAACAAGCUAUGCCUCACCGUGUACCAGCUGCAUACCUUGCAGCCCAACUCCACCAAGAACUUCCGCCCAGCUGGAGGUGCGGUGCUACACAGCCCAGGGGCCAUGUUUGAGUGGGGCUCACAGCGCCUGGAGGUGAGUCAUGUGCACAAGGUGGAAUGUGUGAUCCCCUGGCUCAAUGAUGCUCUGGUCUACUUCACUGUCUCCCUGCAGCUCUGCCAGCAACUCAAGGACAAGAUCUCCGUGUUCUCCAGCUACUGGAGCUACAGACCCUUCUGAGCUCCCCAGGAGCCUGUGCCUGGGAGGGUGGCUCUUGCCCAUAGGAUCCUUUUUCCCACCCACACACUCCUCAUAGUGUUAUUUAUCUCCUCACUGGCCCUGCCCCAUACAUUUGCACUGCUGCUGCCAGGAGGAAGGACACUCACUGGUUUUGGGUUUGGUUGUGUUUGUGUUUGGUUGAGGUUUUGUCUCAGGAAGGUGGGGCUAACAGGUGGCCACACACACACAGCCCUUCCCUCCCGGAAUCUUGGGAACCUUUGGACUCAGGGUAGGGCCAAGCCAGGCCUCUCCUUCCUCUCCAGCUGCCACAGGGUUGUAGGGGGAAGCCACUCAGCUCCAGCUGAGGGUGGGGCCCUGAGCUGUGCGUUGGGAGGGCAGGAAGAGGGACAUCUGCUGAACCGGCCUGUGAAUGAGCUGUAUGCCUGGGACAUUUCUUCUGAAGCCUCAACACACAGCCUCUGAGAAAUAAAAAUCAGACUUUGCCUGGA